AUGAGGAAACAGCCCACAGACGUCUUGCCACCAGAAAUCCUGUCAAUAAUAUUCCUGGAGGGACUACCUAGUUAUACGCAUAGGUUUAAGGUGGAUAGGCACAGGCGAAGCAUCUCCCAAGUAUGUCGAUCAUGGAGAGCGUUUUGCAUCGAUACCCCGCUCCUUUGGCGUGCGCUCUAUAUCUCCCACAAAAACAUCUCCACCGGAGAUGACUGGGAGAGGCUCAAGCUUCUCAUCGAGAGAGCGAGGACGGUACCCUUAGAUCUCAGCAUCUAUUUUUACGACCUCAAUAACCCUUCCAUCAAUCAAGCGACUCUUUCACGACUAACCGGCUAUUUAACCCCACUUCUCCCUCGCGUCCGCAAUCUUCACUACACUUCCAUCCACAUGGGCGCCAUCCUUGCAUUCUUCCCUCUUCCCCGCUCAAUGCCGUUCUUGAGAAAGCUUCGACUAAUCCUGGCACCGUGGCCAAUGGGCCAUAAGUUCAUUACUUUAUGGAGACACGAUUCCUCGUUUCCGCUGCUCGAAUCUCUUAGCGUUGAGGGACCAAGUUUCGAAACAAUCAAUUCCACGUUGGAUGGCAUCCCUCGCGGUCAGGUUAGACAUUUCAAUGUCAACCAUAUUUUCUGCGCACGCGAGCGCAUCGGAUACAUCUCACAAUCCAGGCACCUAGACUCGUUGGGAUGGCACCCUCUCCACCUGGAGGAAGCGCGGCUACAGAAUAGUCCAGAUGAUCUGCCCCGAUUCUGUUCUAACACGCUUCAUUCCCUCAUUGUCAAUGGAUCCAUUCACGUCUUGCUCAGAUUACUCGACACCACCCAUUCGAUCCGUCAUUUGGAACUGUCUCCAGGUGGCGUUGAAUGCAUCGAUGCGGCCAAAAGUACAGAUUUCAUUCAUUUAAGAACGAUCUCACUGCGAAGUUCCCCUCUCACACAAGAGAUCAGUCUCUAUGCAUUCAUAUCCACUCAUCCCACCAUCUUUGCAAUCGAGCUCAAUGCGAGGGACUAUUACAAACUCCUCCCUCUGCUGUUUUCGGGCCGAAAUCGCAAGGCUCACAACGUUAGCUUUAUCCGGGUUGUUGCAACCAGUGAUUGGGAUUUAUGUGAUGUACCCGAGGCAGUAAUGAGGGACUGGCUGGAAUCCCCUUGGACUUCUCGACUUGAGUGGAACUACCUCGACUUUACCCGCCGAGAUGGUGCAGAAUGGCCUAAUGGUCAUGAACGCAUCCAAGCACUUGCGAACAGUUUCCCGGAGCAAUUCAGAUGGAUUGAAGAGGAUGAAGCAGUACCAUUCGACAAGAUAGCGAGUCUAGGGCCAGACGGUUGGCCAAGCUGCGAGGAAGCUGUGCAACGGAUUUGA